CCCGCUCUCCUCAACUUAACCAACACAGCAUCAACCCACUACAGUACAACGAGUCCACUGCAAGCGAGGAAAAUUUCCACAGAUCACCAGUGAAUCAAGUCAUCAACCUUCAAUGGCGGGUGCAGCGAAGGCGUCGUGGAUGGUGGCGAUGAGCGUGGGCGCCGUGGAGGCGCUCAAGGACCAGGGCGGACUCUGCCGCUGGAACUACGCGCUGCGGUCCAUCCACAAGGCGGCCAAGGCCAACGCCGCCGGCGUCUCGCAGGGCAAGAAGCUGCCAGCUUCUGCGGCGGCGGUGGCGGAGAGGAGGAGAGCGGAGAAGGCCGAGGAGGGGUUGAGGACAGUCAUGUACCUCAGCUGCUGGGGUCCCAAUUAGCUAGGCCAUUAGUGUUAGCUCGGAUGGAUCUCGAUCUGCUCUGCUGGGUGUCCGUUUGACGGUAGCAGCCAUGGCCGGAGACGUAAUUGGCCGGUUGCUCCCAGCUGAUCGUAAUAUAUCACGAUGAUGAUGAAAAAUUCUGCUACUUGAGUACAAUUGCUUCAUGGGUCAUUUUGCCUUUGUGAUUGUGUCGUCUAGAACAAUUUAUGAACUGACCACUUUUACGGUCAUGCACGCAAAAAUCCGGCCGUGUCAUCAAUUUAAGAUCCAAACUUUCUGGGAGAAA